GACUCCCAAAUCUCAUAUCAUUCAUUAUACACAAACACUUUGCUUUUGAUUUACCUUUUUUUCUUUUUUUUCCCUUUCUAGUUUAAUUUUUCUUUCGAGAUCCAAGUAGAGUAGCAGCGGUGUGUGAGUAGAGUAAAUCUUAAUGUGAUUGUGGGUGAAUCUGAGUCGAAGAUGAGAAACAGCGUUGAGACUGUGAACGCAGCCGCUACCGCCAUCGUCACCGCCGAGUCUCGUGUUCAGCCCUCGUCUGUUCAGAAGAGAAGGUGGGGAAACUGCUGGAGCUUAAACUCCUGUUUUGGAUCUCAAAAGAACAACACACGGAUUGGUAACGCCGUCCUAGUACCUGAACCCAUUGCAUCUGGAGCUCCGGCGAUUUCAAUCCAAAACUCAACCACUUCGAUAGCACCUCCGUCAUCUCCAGCUUCGUUUCUUCAGUCUGAUUCCUCAUCUGUCUCUCAUACCCCUGUUGGUCCACUCUCUCUUACAAGCAAUACAUUCUCCCCUAAGGAACCUCAGUCCGUCUUCUCUGCUGGACCAUAUGCUAACGAAACUCAACCCGUCACUCCUCCGGUCUUCUCCGCAUUGAUAACCGAACCAUCCACUGCCUCAUUCACUCCACCUCCGGAAUCAUCACUCCAUAUAACCACGCCUUCUUCCCCUGAAGUUCCCUUUGCUCAGUUGCUUACAUCUUCCUUGGAGCUUACUCGGAGGGAUAGCAGCGGGACGAAUCAAAAGUUCUCGUCUUCACAUUACGAGUUUCGGUCUAACCAAGUGUGUCCGGGGAGUCCUGGUGGCGGUAACUUAAUCUCCCCUGGCUCAGUGGUUUCAAACUCCGGUACAUCUUCUCCUUACCCCGGUAAAUCGCCCAUGGUUGAGUUUCGUAUCGGUGAGCCUCCAAAGUUCCUUGGUUUUGAGCAUUUCACUGCUCGUAAAUGGGGAUCCAGGUUUGGUUCUGGAUCAAUCACUCCUGUUGGCCACGGUUCAGGGAUGGGUUCAGGCGCAUUGACACCAAAUGGUCCUGGGAUGGUUUCUGGAAACAACACUGCAUGGCCACAGAUCUCUGAGGUCGAGUCUCUGGCUAAUUCGGAUCACGGGUCUGAAGUCAUUGUAGCGGAUCACAGAGUCUCGUUUGAGUUAACAGGCGAGGACGUUGCACGUUGUCUUGCUAGCAAGCUGAACAGAUCACAUGACAGAAUGAACAACAAUGACCGGAUUGAGAUAGAUGAGAGAAGAAGCAUAGAGAGAUUGUCAGAUAUAGAUAGAUUGACCGAGCAGCAGAGGAUUCUUCAGCUCAGUUCCUCGUCGGUUGGAUCUAGCAAAGAAUUCAAAUUUGAUAACACGAAGGAAGAGAAUAGUGAGAAAGUCGCAGGAAACAGCUGGAGUUUCUUCCCGGGGUUACGAUCUUAAGUCAGCUAACAAAAGUAGCUUCUUUUACAUUACCAAAGACUAUAUAUAUAAAAGAACCUAUAUAACAAAACAAAACCAUUGAACAUGGCUCAGUGAGAUGGUGAAGACAAAGGUAAGAGAGUGGGUUCUGACAACUUAUAUUAUACACUGAAUAAGUAAGCUAGUUAGCUUUGGUUUUGCAAUUGUUGUAAGAACAACCUCUGUACUGAUGUAAUUAGGAACCUUGGAAUAUUAUUUCAUCUCGUUACAUUGAUAUAUCGAUCGUUGUGAAAUAAAAAUUAUAUUUCGUUUC